UCUGUGCCGAGACGGGGCGCAGCGCACACUCCGCACUCUCGCACUCCGACCCUGGCCGCCGCGGCACCCCUCCGGCCCCCCGCCCCCGCCCACCAAUCCGAAUCUGAACCGGAGACCGAUCAGCUGCACCGGUACCGCGGUCGGCCCUUCGGCACCCUUCGGCACCCUCUCGGUCUCGGCCUCCUCGAAGGUGGCGGCGGCGGCACUCGGCGUGUCGCGUGUUCUCCCCGCGUGUACGUCCUCGAGCGGAACCAUGGGCCCAGACUCCAUCAUGGCCUUCUUCACGUCGAAGCUCGCCAACCCCACGACGCUGUCGAAGCUCAGGCCGCAGCUGAGCGGAGUGGCGCUCGCCUUCAUCGCCGUGUCCCUGGUGGCGCUGGUCCCCUUCCUCAGCUUCAUGUGGCACAUGGCCUGCGUGCUGGCCUUCUUCGUGGCCGUCGACAGCAUGGCCCUCAAGGACAAGGCCUUCGCGUACUUCAUCAGGAUAGCCGUCUUCUUCUUCGUCCGCGCUCCCGGUCUCAAGGUCCAUUUGUACGGUGACUUCGAGGAGCUCCAGCGGAGAGAUGAGAACGUCCUGUAUAUGGGGAACCACCAGUCAUCACUGGACUGGCUGGUGGCGUGCUCCCUGGCAUCGUGGUCGCGGUCCUUGCAGCGCAUCAGAUUCAUGAUGAAGCAGGAGCUGGCCUGGCUGCCCAUGAUCGGCUACUACACCAAGGUGGUGGGCCACAUCUACAUCCGCAGGAAGGGCUUCAAGCCGGACAAGCUGAUGGAGAGCCUGGCCGACAUCAACAACACCAAGAGGCCGUUCUGGCUGGCCAUCUACCCGGAAGGCACUCGCUACAACCCUGACGACACCAAAGCCAUCGCCAGCUCCGACGAAUCCGCCGUCCAGCAGUACCCCAACAUGGGGUUGCUCAAGCACCAACUGACGCCGAAGGCCAAAGGCACGUGGCUCAUGAUCAAGAACAUGCGCAGCAAGCUGAAGGCGGUGUACAGCGCCACGCUGGUCUACGAGCAGGCCGAGCCCAAGGGCCAGCGCAGGAGGGCCCCGACCGCCACCGAGGUGCUGGCCGGCGGCUGCACUGACUCCCACCUCUACGUCAAGCGCAUCCCCAUCGAGGAGGUGCCCGACGACGAGACGGCCUUCGCGACCUGGCUGUUCGCCCAGUGCCAGGACAGGGACAGGAUGAUGGCCGACUACUACAACAGCCGCUCCUUCUCCUCGUGGGGCCCCAGAAUGACGUACGGGGGCGACUCCCUGUUCAUGGACCUGGUGAUCCUGGCGCUCUUCACCCUCGGCAUGUUGGUGUCCCCGUUUGUCCGGACGAUCUACCUGGUGCAGGCCGUCCUCGGAACGUUGUGGGGCUACGGCGUCCUCACGUUCAAGCCCACCUUCUAAACGGGACAGGCCACCAACAACAACCAUAUCCGCGCGGGAAGCGUACAUCAGCGCUCCCCAACCUGAAAAUCAUCAUUAGGGUAGUUGAAUAUCUGCGCCGAGUGAACGGAAAGAACAUAAAAGAUGGGCCGUGAGUUAGGAAUGGAUUUUAAACAUUGAUGAUACCGUAGAAAAUUUAUCAUUAUGAUGGCACUGUAUCACUGUCGUUUAGCAAUCGAUUUGCACUCGUUACUUUGUCUUUAUCAACACGGAACAAUAUCGUAUAAGGUUCUGAAAAAAUACCGUGAACGUGAGUAGAUUAGUUGAAAUGUGGUUUUACCAUACAUAGUGAGCAGGUUGUUUUAGAAAUAUGUCCCUGUUCUGCAAAUUUCAUGUUUUACUGUUCACUAUAUUUAAAUGCUGAAUAUCAAAUUUGCGGAUGUGAUCUCGCAAUGGGGCCGGUACGUACUUACGACGUUAGGUAACUUUAGAAACAACCGUAGGUCAGUAAGCAAAAACCUUUAAAUUACUCAAAUGCACGGAAAUGUUUGAUGAGCUCACUAUACGUUUCUCAAUAUUUUUCGUUUCCCAUUGUAGAUGCGAAAUCUUUCAUUUUUCAAGGCUAAGUUCACGUUUACUCUAAAAAAACGCGGGUGAUUGUAAUCUAAACAGUGUGAAGGUAGCUAUUCCAAAGGGAUGAACUGCCUAGAUUUAGUCGCCACAUUACUGUGGAAAGGUCAAGAGCAGACAAUCCAGCCAGUCAUAUCAGCGGGCUGUUCUGCGGAAAUCUGGUAGGAAUUCGCGUUCCUCCCUGGUUAGGACCAGGAUUUGUGGUAAAAUGUUUUCCUUAGAGUACGGUGACGUGCCUAUCGUGAGAUAGAGCUCGGAAAGUGUCUGUGAUCCAUUGCAUUUAUCUCUGGAAGGAGAGUGGGGAGGCAGAGGCUUGGCCAGCCAGACACUCCCCGACCCUGCCCCACCCCGCAUGCUGUGCGUACGCCAAAAGUCUUACGGCGAAGUUUUAUCCAACAAUUAUUCCGGCGAGAGUAUCAUACAAAGCAAGAAACUCAUGCUACAAAUUAAUCUUCUUAUGAUUUUCACUUGAGAUACGUGUUACGAAGAAACACUUCGCAUUAUGCUUGCUCCAUUCCCCUCGUUAUCUGAAAAAUUUCUCCGUAAGACUUUUAGCGUUAAACUCCAGGUCUUCCCUUUCAAGUCGACGUCUAACCAUUGCAGGCUGUCAGAGUAAACGAAAUUUGGCACAGCCACCAGCUGGAUAAAGAAACUUAACCAUUCAUUUAGUGUCAGACGUUGUUUCAAAACGUUUAGUGAUAAUAAGAAAUUUUGUGUUUUGUACGUUGAUCCGAAGAUUUGCGGUAAUAGGUCCAAAUAGUAGUCAAUGUAAGAUAAUUCCACAACGGUAGACUGUUUACUGUUUAUCAUUCCCGUCACGAUGUGACGCUAGGACUUACUCAAUAGUGGUGUAUCCAGAUGGUUAAUUUGAAAGAAAAAACAUUCUAGAAGCGAAUUUAGUCAAUUCGAAAUUAGUUUUACAACUCAAUUAGUAUAGAUGAUAGCCAUGAACCAAUCCUAGCAAGCGGCAAUAAACGCGUUGCGCUUCAAACAAAAACGGUAAAUCUAACGACUUGCGAUCGUUGCGACGAAAGGAAUGUAAUAAUUAUAAGAUGACGUCCGAUUCUUAGGUACCGAGGUGACAAAAUUGGAGGGGGCACGGGUGCCUUUGAAUCCAAAUUUAUUUUAUUACAAAUAUUUGAAAACAAAUAAAACCCUUGGGCGCUGUACACGCUCAUGCGCUGAAGUUUUUAUUUCUGAGGCACUCGUGUUCCGUUGAAGGGCACGCUGGGUCAUUGCUGCCUUCACUGUUAAAAAAAUCGUUGUAAUUUUACAACAGUUUUGCUGUGAUAUUUAAUAGCAACACAUAUUGUUGUAUUACAAACACAUUGUAGCUCUAAGUGCUGUUUUCUGAGGGAUCAAUUGUAGUGCGAUGAGCUCCGUCGAGUCUUCGAUUAUGUCCUGGCAGCAUUUGUGUUGGUCACAUCGUGUUGUAAUUCAAUAUCCUUGUAAUCUGGCAACAAUAUUUGCCAAGAUUGCAUUCAGACAAUCUGUUGAACGACAACAUGUCUGUUUUUAGUCAUGGCUACAUUAUUGUUACCUGACAAAGGAAGUUGGAAUAUAGAACCAAUGAGUUGUCUUUUGAUGGAUUUCCCUCUCAGAUACUAAACAACAACUGUUGUAAUUUUAAGGUGAUUGUGUUGUAAUAUUACAAUCGAAUUUUAACCGUGUUUGGCGCAGCCCUGAAGGCAUUCUCGUGCCACUUUUACAUGCGCUGUGAUAUUUUCGCUGUGCUGCGUUGCCAAUGCGCGUGGGUGUCAUCCUCAGGGUGGCAUUCACAGUGACGCAGCAUUGGUGACGCGGUCAUGCCGACCCCUCGUAAGGGAUGCUGUGUCAAACCCAUGACAAACUGUAUUAUUACUAUUACUAUUAUUAUUAUAUUAUUAUUAUCAUUAAUUUUAUUGUUUGACGUUCGUCACUCACUUUGGCUCCUUAGCGUAUUUAAUUUAAUAUUGGCCACGUGGUCGUUUCUUCAGAGAACAAAUUUGUUAUUUUAAGGUGUAUCAACUUAUUUCGUAAAAAUUAAUUCACUGCUGAACCGACCACCUCAUUCGACUCGUCAUUCGGUUUUAUUGUAAAUAUAUAUAUUUGUAUUCGGAUGGAUUGUUUUUGUUCCAUGACUGGAAACUAUUUAUGUCGGUGAGGAUUAUUUUGUUGUCAAGUAUUGUUUAUUGUCAUUCGAUCAGUGUAAAUAAUAUGAUUUAUUCAUUAAAGACAAAGAAGUGGGAGA